AUGGACAAGACUUGGGAAGUUAUUAUUGCUGGUGCUGGGCCAGUAGGCCUUUUUAUCGCAUGUGAAUUGGCCACAGCUGGCGUGUCGGUACUUGUAUUGGAACGAGACACACAGCCAGAGUCGCCUUGGAAGGAGGGAUUACUUGGUCAUCGUGGUCUCUACAUCCCAUCAAUUGAGGCAUUUUAUCGGCGUGGCAUGUUACAAGAGAUUUUCGGUGACGAGAAGCGCCCGAUGCAUUUCGCGAAGACUCAAGGCUUCCAGUUCGGGGGACAUUUUGCGGGCUUGGUGCUCAAUGCUAACAACAUUGACUUUUCACACUGGCCGUAUCACUUGCCAGGGCCGUCCUUUCUGCCUGGUCCAACCUCUAUUGGACGUCUCGAGGCUGUGUUGUCGAAACGUGCAGAGACACUUGGUGUACAAAUCCUUAGAGGCAUGGCAGUCUCCCACCUGACCGAUGAAGGCGACUCCGUGAAGGUAUGGGCCGGCAACAAGUCCUUUACGGCACAAUGGCUCGUCGGAUGCGACGGUGGACGCAGCACAAUUCGCAAAACUGCUGGGUUUGAAUUUGUCGGGACAGAAGCGCAGUUCACUGGUUAUAUUGCGGCGUGUGGUCUCGACCAGCCAGAAUUAUUGCAGCCGGGAUUUACGCACACAGAUUCGGGGAUGUAUAUAGUUAGCGGGCCUGAACAUCUGCUUGUUAUCGAUUUCGAUAGGGGCUUCGACCGGUCUCAACUCAUUACACGGGAACACUUUCAAGAAGUACUCCGACGGGUGUCGGGUACAGAUAUAGUUGUCAAAGCACUUCACCUAGCCUCCUCAUUCACUGAUCGCUCAAAGCAAACCACAGAGUAUCGCAAAGGACGCAUCCUUUUGGCUGGCGAUAGUGCCCACAUCCACUCCCCAUUGGGCGCGCAAGGAUUGAGCACAGGGAUUAGCGAUGCAAUGAAUCUCGGCUGGAAGCUUGCGGCUACCGUUAAAGGGGUUGCAUCUCCUGGUCUGCUCGACACUUACUACCAAGAGCGGCAUCCAGAGGCCGCACGCGUGCUAGAGUGGACUCGCGCUCAAGUGGCGACAUUACGCCCUGAUCCUUAUGGCCAGGCCAUCGCGAAUACCAUGCAGGACAUGAUUAAUACACAAGAUGGGGCUACUUACUUCGCGGACCGCAUCUGGGGACUUUCCCUGCGCUACGACCUGAGCGAUGCACAUCGACUGGUGGGAUGUAGCGCCCCUGACUUUGAAUUCGAUGAUGGACUGCGACUUGGAGCUAAGUUAGAGAAAGGAUCCUUCUUGGUUAUUGACUUUGAGAGCAACAGCCAGGUGGCAGAGUUUGUGAAGUCUUUGCAGCCCUUACAGUUCAUGAUCGAAUACUGUGGAUACAGUGCAAAGGAGACAUUCGGGCUCAAGGUAUUACUGUUACGACCUGAUGGUGUCGUCGCAUGGGUGGCGACGGAUGAGAUUGAGGUCAAAAGACUACAGGCUGCAUUGUCUCGUUGGGUAAGUGUGGCUGUAAAGAAGGCGUGA